CAGAGGGAAAGAACCACUCUUGAUUUUUGUGAGAAGCGCGAAAGAACCAUUUCACAUCCAUUGCUUCUAUUAAUUUCUAUACAUGCACAUGAGGGCAUUCCACGACUUUAAAAACCCCCCCAUACACAACUUGAAGUGCACCAAUUCUUCGUCCAAAAAAAGAAGUGCACCAAUUCAAUUUCAUCCUCACCUUCACACUAGCAACUAGUGCCUCAAAAAAUUAUCAAUGUCUCCUCUUGUUUCACUCUUCCUCCUACACAUAGUAACCGCGUCCGCCACCCAACUACACCCCGGUUAUUACUUGGGAACGUGCCCAAAAGCCGAAAUCAUAGUCCGAGAUGUCAUGAAGAAGGCUUUCACCAGAGAUCCCCGGAGUCUUGCUUCAAUCAUGCGCUUCCAAUUCCAUGAUUGCUUUGUUAAUGGUUGUGACGCUUCUUUGUUACUUGAUGACACACCGACCAUGCUAGGAGAAAAACUCAGCCUCUCAAAUAUAAAUUCACUAAGAUCUUAUGAAGUUAUUGAUGAAGCCAAGGCAGCCUUGGAGAAGGCCUGUCCCGGAAUUGUUUCUUGCGCUGAUGUCAUAAUCAUGGCUUCUAGAGAUGCUGUUGCCCUGACUGGAGGACCAGAUUGGCAAGUGAAGUUAGGAAGAUUGGAUAGCUUGACAGCGAGCCAAGAAGCCUCAGACAAUGUCAUGCCAAGUCCAACAUCCAAUGCAACCUUCCUCAUAGACCUCUUUGGCAAAUUCGAUCUCUCUGUCAAAGACCUUGUUGCCCUUUCGGGCUCACACUCCAUUGGCAAAGCUCGGUGCUUCUCCGUCAUGUCUCGGUUGUACAACCAAUCCGGCACGGGCCGGGCAGACCCUGCCUUUGAACCGAAGUUUAGAGAAAAGCUAAACAAGCUUUGUCCCUUAGAUGUGGACCAAAACGUUACCGUAGGACUUGAUGCGUCACCUGUUGUGUUUGAUAACCAGUACUUCAAGGACUUGGUUUCAGGGAGAGGGUUUCUGAAUUCGGAUCAAACACUUUAUACAUUUCCACAGACUAGAGGACUUGUGAAGCAGUUCAGCAUUAACCAAGGAGUAUUUUUCAAGGCCUUUGUGGAGGGAAUGUUAAAGAUGGGUGACUUGAAGGUGGAUCAGCCUGGGGAGGUGAGAAAGAAUUGCAGGGUGGUUAAUUAUUAGUCAUCUCCCCAACAUUGUCACAUAAUUGGUCUAAUUUGUAAGGAGUUUGUAGCUCAAGUCCUUAAAAACAUUUACUCCAUGUCUCGAUUCCACACUCCCCCAUUAUCCCUUAUAUAUAAUAAUAAAAAAUAUGGUCCAAUUCGGUUGGAAUAUAUGAAAAUGGUUAUUAUUAUUGUACUUUUUAGAAUGAGUAUGUUGAU